AUGCGGGAUAUUGAUGACGGGAGCUUAAUGUCGAAUCUGGAAGUAUGUAUCAACACCAUUCUAUUGGCUGCAUCUUCCACAUCCGUCUUCCAUCCCGCGGGAGACAAUCUGUGGCAUUGGCUCUCAUAUUUUCUUUCACUCGCCUCACUCUUCUUCAUACCUACCUCAGACAUAAUCCAACCGCGCUAUCAACAAUAUUGCUUCGACUUUCACCCCAGUUCCCUUGGCAACAGUGCACGAUUGCGGAGAGAUGCUUCCUUGAACAGCCAAGCUUUCUGCUUAGUCGAUUCAGGGACCUACGUACGGGCAUAUGGAGCAAUCACGGUGCUACCUCAGCUACGGAUACGCUGUGCUGACUUGGACUCCCAGCCUCCGCUCCAGCUUUAUUCGUACACACGUACGGAAACUCACUCCGCCAUGAUAGUCUGGGGUACGACUCUGAAAGCAUGGACGUCCUACUCACUCUAUGACCCUGCACCGCUUUAUGAAAACAACAGACUCCUGAGUAUCGAUAGUAAAGGCCAAUACCAUGCCAUUGUCAUUUCAACUCCACUGACAGAGCUCUUUCGAGUAUGA